AGGUCGGGGCGGGUCGCGCCGCUAUUGGCUGGAGGGGGCCCGCGCACGCGGCGGCGGCAGAUCGUGCGGGGAGAGCGGCUGAGGAGGGCGGUGUGUUGGAGAGGUUCCAGCCAUGGCGGUGCAGGAUCCCCGGCCCAACCACACCAUCUACAUCAACAACCUGAACGAGAAGAUCAAGAAGGACGAGCUGAAGAAGUCCCUCUACGCCAUUUUCUCCCAGUUUGGGCAGAUUUUGGACAUUUUGGUGUCGCGCAGUCUCCGCAUGAGGGGCCAGGCCUUCGUCAUCUUCAAGGAGAUGAGCAGCGCCACCAAUGCCCUGCGCUCCAUGCAGGGCUUCCCCUUCUACGACAAACCUAUGCGGAUCCAGUACGCCAAGACAGACUCUGACAUCAUCGCCAAGAUGAAGGGAACUUUCGUGGAGCGGGAACGGGAUCGGGACCGGGACCGGGAGCGCAAACGGGACAAGCGCAAAGCCAAGGGGGGAGAGGCCCCCGGCCCAAAAAAGAGCGGGGCUGGAGUGCAGGGGGCAGCACAGGGAGCAGUGCCUGGAAUGGCGCCGCUGGCACAGCCGCCCCGGAUGCUGCCGCACCUGGGGGGUCAACCGCCCUACAUCCCUCCCCCGGGCAUGAUCCCGGCCCCGGGAAUGGCCCCGAACCCGGGAAUCCCCCCAGGAAUGGCCCCACAGCCUGGAAUGGCCCCGAUCCCCACCCCACAGCCCCUGUCGGAAAACCCCCCGAACCACAUCCUGUUCCUGACCAACCUCCCUGAGGAGACCAACGAGUUGAUGCUCUCCAUGCUCUUCAACCAGUUCCCGGGGUUCAAGGAGGUGCGCCUGGUGCCCGGGCGCCACGACAUCGCCUUCGUGGAAUUUGACACCGAGGUGCAGGCGGGCGCCGCCCGCGAGGCCCUGCAGGGCUUCAAGAUCACCCAGAGCAAUGCCAUGAAGAUCUCCUUUGCCAAAAAGUGACGCAAAAACCCCCAAACCCCACCAAAACACCCCCAACCCCCCAAAAAAUGGGCCUGAAAUAACCCUGAAAUCCAAAAAAAAAAGCCUCAAACCCACCCCUAAAUACCCAAAAACUGCCCCAAAACACCCCAAAUCCCUCCAAAGCACCCCAAAAUCCCAUAGGAACACCCUAAAAUCCCUCAAAACCACAGCAGAGCACUCUAAAUCCCAUAAAACUGCCCCUAAAACCCAUAAAAAUACUCCAUAAAUCCCAGAAAACUUCCCCAAAAAUGGUCCCAACCCUGCUCCAAACCCUCCAUGUGCCCCCACUCCCCCAGGUAAGUUCUAUUCAGCCCAAAUCUUCCUUUUUUUAACCCAAAUCCUCUUUUUUUUUUUUCCCCACCCCAUUUAAAUUUUUUUCCACCCCAAAUUUUAUUUUUUUUCCACCCCAAAUCCUUUGUGUGUCCCCAAAUCCCUUUUCCCAUCCCAAAAAGCUCCUUUUCACCCCAAUUCCCCACCCCAAAUCCUGUUUUUUUCACUCCAGAUCACCUUUUCCCACCCCAAAUCACCUUUUCCCACCCCAAAUGCCUCCUUGCCCACCCUAAAUCCCUUUUUCUACCCUAAAUUCUCCUUUUUUCAUCUUAAAUUCUUCUUUUUCCACCCCAAAUCCCCUUUCUCCCACCCAAAAUUUUUUUCCAUCCCAAUAUCCCCUUUUCCCCCCACAAUCCUGACCCCAAAUCUUCAACCCCUAUGCUAAAUCCCUUUUCUCACCCAAAUCUCCUUUUUUCCCCAUCCCAAAUCCUCCUUUCACCCCAAAAUCUCCUUUAUCCAUCUUAAAUCCUAUUCUUUCCUCCCUAAAUCUCCUCACCCCAAAUCCUUCUUUCAUCCCAAAUCCCCUUCUUCCACACCAGAUCCCCACCCCAAAUUCACUUUCUCAGCCCCCCAGGGGUUUUUGUGGUUCCCAAGGGGUUUUUGGAGUCUUUCCUAGCAUUGUACCCAGGGUCUCUCAGCAGACAUUGCACCUGGAGCCGCCCCUGCCCCAGAUAAACCCAAAUCCCCUUUUCCCAGUCCCCCAGAUGCUUUUGGGGUUCCCAAAGGGCUUUUGGGGUCUUUCCCAGCAUUGUACCCAGGGUCUCUCUGUAGACAUUGCACCUGGAGCCUUCCCAAAUAAACCCCACUACCCCCA